CGCGUCCAUUGCCCACCUUUCGGAAUGUCUGACUGGGAGAACUCCGACAGCGAACCUGCCGCUGCGCCUUCUGCACCUGCAGCCAAGAAGCCUGUACCAGUGAAGAGCAAAUGGAAGGGCGAGGACGAGGACGGCGACGCCCCUGUCAGUGACUGGGAGGCAGAGUCUAGCGAAGACGAAGAGAAGAAGCCCGCGCCGGCUACGGCGGCUCCCCCAAAGAAGAAGGGAACACUGAAGGCGAAGCUCGCGGAGAAGGCUGCAGCUAAGGCUGCAGCAGAUGAUGAUGAUGAGUAUGAUGAGGAUGCUGUACUGGACCCACGAGAGAAGUUGCGGCGAGACCGCGAACGCGAGCUCCAGGCCGACUUGAGUAACGCAGCCGACCUCAUGGGUGCCGCCGCGCUGGGAGGCACCUCUAAUAAGGAGCUUGACUCCCUGAUAUCCGCGCAACCACGGACGAAGGAGGAUUUCAUCGAUCUCUCAAACAAGAUUAUCGAGUUUAUUAUCAAGAGGCAUCAGGCGAAGCCUUUAUACCCUACCUUCGUCGAACACUUCGUCCGUGAACUUGCGCAGCCCUUGCGAGACGUCGAGGUUCGAAAGGCUGCUAGUGGUCUAACGACCCUUGCAAAUGAGAAGCAGAAGGAACAGAGGGAGGCGGCGUCCGGCAAGAAGAAGCCUAAAGCUACCACUAAGCCUGCGCUUGGAGGAGCCAAGGUUACGAGCAAGUUGGACACCAACAUCUACGAAGAGGCACUAGAUGAUUUCGGAAGCAACGCAGACGAUUUCAUGUAGAUCAUGUAUAUCGUCGCCAUAUCCUAAUGUACACUGCUUAACCC